AUGGACGAGGCGGUGACGGGGCAGAAAAGCAUACGGCGUGAUCUCCGCGAAGUAGAUUUCUCGAAACUUGACGAGGUACGGGGAGAUGACGAGGCAGGAAGUCUGCGAGGCGAUCCCCGCAAGGGAGCUAAAGAUAGUCCAUCGCCCACCUCUGGUACACAACACGCUUUAAUAAGGGUUAUUUUGCAAAAAUAUCUAGUUUUUAUUUUUAAAUUACAGCAUACAUAAAACCUACAAGAUGUGCUGAAAUUCUAUCAAAAAUCUAUUCAGAGGACAGGAUCAAGUCAUUCUGGUACAUACCGUAGUCAGUGGAUAUAAAGAUACAGAGCGAAAAGUUAUUAUAAACAGUCAAAAAAUUGCGUAAAAAUAGUAAGCAUUUAAUAAUUGUUCUAAAUCCUUCUCCCGAAAAACUACCGUUUUCAAAGUUUGGCAAAUAUUAAAGGACAUUUUUAGAGAGUGAAUAAGUCGAAUGAGUAGAACUUUUUUUUUAUUUUCAUCUAAAAUAAAUUGAUAUCUUUUAUGUGAUUGUAGUGAAUAUUUCUCGUUUUUCACUCACACAUAUCUCUUUGAAAACACAGUUCUCUUACAAACACAGUUAUCUGAUGUAUACAAGCUUAGGUAAAUGUACAAGAAAACUUUCAUAAUUUCUAGAUAAGACUUCGUUCUUUUACACUUUGAAAUUAUUAGUAUUACACAAUGCGCGUAAUAUAUCAAGCCACUUCAGUGAUAAAGAAACGGAGAGAAAUAAAACAAUUUUUCUUCUUAAGAUGAAAUGUAAGAGAACAGUCACUAUCAAAGAGCGUAUUUAUAUGUCGACUACUAAAACUGCCUUAUAUUGAAUGAGCCAUCAAGAAAGAUGCACUUUUGUUCUCUUCUUCUCGUCAAGUAAAAAGCAGUGUAAAAAUUUCGUUCAGAACUCAAAAGGUGUAGAGUUUUAUCUAGUUUCAAAAUAUAAUAUAUAAAAGUUGCGUCGCUAGGUCUGUGACAGUUUAUAGUUUCUUGUACUGC